AUGAACUCGGGAUUUGCACAUCCCGAGAAAGAGGAGCAGAAGGAACUCGCUUGCCAGUGGCGUGGCUGCGACUUGCAGUUUGACUCGGUCGAAAACCUGUAUCGCCAUCUCUGUGACGAGCAUGUCGGUCGCAAUAGCAAAAACAAUCUGUGCUUGCAGUGCUACUGGGGCGACUGCGAAGCAUCGUACAGCAAACGCGAUCACAUCACGAGCCACAUCCGCAUCCACAUCCCGAUGAAACCGUAUACAUGCCCCACGUGCCGGAAAAGCUUCAAGCGGUCCCAGGACCUCAAGAAACACCGGCGCACUCACACCACUCAGGACGCGCCUUGCUUAGAGAGCAGUCCAGAAAUAAAACCGAUCUCGAUCGCCCCGCUGCGUAUGGAACACGUCCCGUUGUACCCAAACUUGGUCUCGGCAGGAGAGCACCGCGAAGUGCCGUCGCACGCGCGCAGCGCUAUUUACCGCUCUCCAUCGUACAGCGGAUCUGCGUCGUCCUCUGCGUCGUCCUUAUAUGGCACGCAGCGCGAUACCUCGCCGCGUGGACUGGCCCAAGACGUGCAUCCGUUUUCUGCGCGACACAUGUACGAGCCGCUAUAUCCGUCGCUCCCAAAGCCACCGGUCAGUGUCGCGCCACAUCUCCCGCGCUUCCGCCAAAGCCCUGAGCCAGAGGCGAUGCGCUACGAGCAUUUUCCGCAGACCGGAGCCAAGCGCGCGCGCGAAGACGUCGACGAGUUCUGGGACGGUGUCCUGCACAAGCGCGUCGCGCCAGUGUACGAUACUGAUAUGGCCGGUCGGCUCACGCAAAUGACUGCCCCAGGGCCGUUCUACGAGCCCGGCGUCCUCGAUGCAUUCCUCGAUGCAUCGCUGCAUGCGCUCCAUCCAGAGCAGCACGAUCGCGCGUGGACCCUGCCGAAAACUCCGACGCAGUCUAUCGCCGACGUCAAUGCGUGGCUUGUCCAGCUGGGCAUGGGUGUGACGCGCUCGCAUGGACAGGUAAAAAUGCCGCACCAGUACGGCACAGAAGCUUCCGCAACCCCCGCAGACUUUGGCGAGACGCUGCAGGCCUUGGGACUCGACCAGAUCCCAGGGCUCGACAUGGACUUUGCCGAUCCAACCCUGUCCAUGCCCACGCUGCAGCCGGAGCAGGACGGCAAGCACCAAUACCGCCACAUCCAGGCGCUCACACGUGCACCUUUGGAGCAGAAUGCCCCGUGCAUGCAGGACGAAGCUAUGGAUGUGGACAUGCCGCACGAGUCCGAAAAGCCGCGUGGCGCUUUUCCACGCGUGCCCGGCGAUCCGCAGCGCCACCUCAACCUGAUUCUGAAUUUGCUGCUCGCGAUCAAUGCCCGGAAACGGGUCGAGCCGGGCACCGGGCGUAUCGUGCCGCUUUACCGGGAAACGCGAAUCCCCUCGACGCGCCCCGAUGUACGACGCUUGUCGCUUUAUGAGCCUGGAGCUCCACGCCGCGGCAUGCUGUAUCGCACACAGCCGACUGCCCCUGGCGCCAUGCGGUCUGAGAGGGAGGAGAGGGAGGAAUGGAAAAGGGAAGAGGCGAAAAGGGAGUCAAGCGCCUGGCACGGCGUGCUACCGAGCAUUUCACAGCUUCUUUGCGAUACAGAGUGA